CCAUUUUUUGCGUUGAAUUUAUCGUAAAGUCAUUUAUCGUAAAUUUAUUAAUUAAAAGCAGCCAAAAGGCGUCGACUACGAGACAAAAGCGCGCGCACAACGAAUAAAACAAACAAGCUAAAUAAACAACAUACAAGUUAAAAAAGACAUUAGACUGAUUUCGCAACUUGCACACUGAAGCAAAAAUGGAUGACUCACGCGAAGAAAGCCAGUUCAUAGUGGAUGAUGUGAGCAAGACGAUUAAGGAGGCCAUCGAGACCACCAUCGGAGGUAAUGCGUACCAGCACGACAAGGUGAACAACUGGACCGGCCAGGUGGUGGAGAACUGCCUGACGGUGCUCACCAAGGAGCAGAAGCCCUAUAAGUACAUCGUCACGGCCAUGAUCAUGCAGAAGAACGGAGCCGGACUGCACACGGCCAGCUCCUGCUACUGGAACAACGACACAGACGGCAGCUGCACAGUCCGCUGGGAGAACAAGACCAUGUACUGCAUCGUGUCCGUCUUCGGCCUGGCCGUUUAGACGGGACUUGCGGAUGCGGAUGCCAACCAAGAAGCAACAUAGAAUUCACACAACUAACUACUAAGGGGGAGGGAUUAACAAGAUUGCCGCCGUAAAUAAAUUUUCCAGCACAGCACUCGGACACGGACAGUGAGACAACACGUACACACGGCCAGCCUACGGACCAGGACCAGGCCCCUACAAUGAAUAAUUAAAAGGAGUUACAUACAACACUCAAACACGCAGGAUAAUAACCAAUUCCAGCAUUAUGCUUUUUUUUCGUUUGGAGCACGCCAUCGUGUUGGAGGUGUACGCGCCUAAUGUUACUCAAGAUAUUCUUCAAUUAAAGCCUAAAUAAUGUAAUGUAAAAAUAAACUUUAUUGUGACGACCUUGACAGGCCGGCCACCUAGAAGUUGUUUAAUCGA